GAGUUCGAAUUUCGAACUUUUGUGGGAGAAACAUCGCGUCGUGUGCGUCGUACGCUUGCUGGUGAAAAGUGCGCUGUGAAUUAAGUUUUAUUAUUUGUUUGUGCUGUUUGUUUUAACGAAUUGAAAUAAGAAUACAUGUCAACACAAGUGAAUAAGCUUUACCCUUCCGAGAAAAGACUGUUUUCUUCAAGCCAACCUUGCAAUUUUAAUCCCGAUCCACAGGUAACCAUGAACGCCGACCAUUUAGAGGACACUCAUCUGUGCAUUAGGUGCAAUGCCACCAUGCUUGGACUCACAAAAUACAUCGAGCAUCGAAAACAGAACUGCGUUAUUACAGAAAAGCAAAAUGUUUCGCCAAAACCCGAUGGACGAGCAAGAACCUCCUCUGGCCCUCAAGUGUCGCCGACGAUUAUCAGUAGCAACAAUUUGGAUCACACAUAUGAUGGCUUCCAGUUCGCGGAACCGGAGGCCCCAAGUAGUUACCUCCGCAAGACAGCCGCCAGUCAUGGAGGAAAGACCUCAAAGUCCUUGACGGAAGCUUAUGAUGUUCCGUACGAACUGGGAGCCGAUCUCUUCUUUUCGUCCCUACAACUGCAGAGUGUCGCCACGGGUGGAAAAAUAGGAUCGGUGGCCCGUCAAGAACGAGGCAAAGAAGAGACCUGGUCCGCGCCAGCUGGCGAUCCCUUGCUGAAAGCAGUGAGGGAGCACGAUGAGACGGUGUUCAAGCCGCUUCACUUUGACCAUGAGUCACCAGAAGCGAGUGAAGAGGAAGAGGAUGAGGAUGAGCACGAGGAAUUUGAUGCAGAAGAAGAUCAGGAAGAGUACGAUGUCAGGCGUCACUCGCCGCCCAUUGUGCCCGCCAGUCACACAGGUGGCAAGUGGAAACCGGAGCAGCGGCCGCAGCUACGACAUCCACAUAUAGAACGCCUCUCGCCCAGUUGGGAUGAGCCCCCUGAGGAGAACUACACCCACCCUCCAGCGGACCACACUAAAGGCAAAUGGGUUCCGGGUAGCAAACAGUUGGAGUACCGCGAAAAUAUAGAUCUUACUAAGCUGAACCAGCCGGGAGUGAGUUAUUGGUGCAACAUCUGCUGCAGGCGACUGAAAAGUCGCUUGUACUAUGACCAACAUUUGAAGAGUGCCUACCACAUCAAGAGAGCUGAAGCAGAGUGCGAGUUGGAGCAGGCUACUCUGGGCAGGGAACUUACCCUGAGCAAGGACUUCUUAAUAAAAGGCGAAGAGGACAAAAAAGAAGCAAAGCCACCAAAACGGCAGAGGAGAGCACAUCUUCUGCGAUGCGAUCUAUGCCGACACACGAUGGCAAGACAUUUAAUGGGCAAGCAUUUAAUCUCCCAUUACCAUUUCAGAAGACUCCAACAGCAGAGUCGAAUCAAAAGGCAAAACUGCCUGCAGGAAAUACUUAAGCAUAUGGGAAGCAUAGUGAGGCAAUCUCCUUUUCAGUGCAUGCCCUGUAGAUUCUAUGCCAACACUGAGGAAACCUUUCUUCAUCAUUGGCAGUCCCACGAGCACUUGGAGCUGACAAAGAGACUGGGGGGAACUUUUUGGUGUGCCUUUUGUCAGUUUGACUCCAACACUAAUAAUGCCAUGUUGCUUCAUUUGCUGGAUUCAUCUCAUAAGGAUGUGCUCUUAGCGCUCAAUAGAUCGGUUCCCAUAUGUAUAGCCCAGAGAAGACAGCUCCAGUGCUCCAGGUGUGGAAUGGAGUUCUUAUACAACGUCCAGCUACGUCGACACUUUAUCUCUGAGCAUCCAGGAUUUGCUCUUACGGGGACUGCAGCCGAUGAAUACCAGAGUAGGUUUCGAUGCGAUUUGUGUGGAUCCUCACAGAAAUCUCGUUUAGCUCUUCAACGUCAUAAGAAGCAUACACACCUCCUGGCAAGGUAUUUCUGUGCCAUCUGCCGAUUAGAGUUUGAGACCUCUUUGGAGGCGCGACGUCAUAGAAGCUUGAUGGAACAUAAGCAAAAGGCCAGAGCUCAAAUGCCCAUUUUGCAACCCGAAAACGAAAUUGAACACAUGCUGAGAGAAGUCCUAGAGGAAGCAGCUCCUAGUCCACCCGUCAAGAAGAGUGGGGACAUAACCGCGAAAUGCGCGAGUUGCAGAAAAGCGUUUGAGUCGCCUCAAAGCCUAACCCAACAUCAAGCAGAAGCUCAUUCAGCGCAUAAUCAUUUGUGUUUGAGCUGCGGAACAAGCUUUGAAUCUGCUCAGGCACUCGGAAGACACACACGCAGCUGUCAACCUCUGGCCAGCACCUCAUCCCCCGCUGAUCAAUUCCUUGCUCAAAAGAAAGCAGUCUACUCCUGCGAUCAGUGUCGCUUCCAAUCUCAGUAUGAGUCCGAUCUAGUUUAUCACCGCAUUUUUCACACACGGUCUUCCGGAAUUGGGAAAAACGAACUUCUGCAGUGCCCCUUGUGCCCGAAGAACUUCAAAAAGCACUCCCUUAGGGCUCACCUAAGGAACCACACCAACGAAAAAAUUUUUGAAUGCGCGGAGUGCCUUCAGAAAUUUGCCAGAAGACACAACCUCAAGAACCACAUAAUCACGAAGCAUGCCAAAGCAGGUGAUCAGGACAAGAAACAAUUUGCAAAAAAAAAAGUUGAACAAACAAAUCCAAAAUAUCAGUGUGGGACAUGUGGAAAAAUACUGGCCAAAAAGUAUUCCCUGAAGCUUCAUGAGAUUAGCCAUUCGACGGCAGUUCAGCGCCACUACCGCUGCCAUUUUACGGACUGCUCGUAUGCAGGGCGAACCCCGGAAAGACUGAAAACCCACUUGGUCUCCCACUCCCAGGAAGAACACAAAUGUGCCCGGGACAACUGCAGUUAUGUGGGGAAGAGCGAGCUGCACCUGAAGAGGCACCUCAAGUCGGCUCAUUCCAAGGAGAAGAGUGGUGAGGAGUGGUUUUCGUGCGAUCAAUGCGAUUUCAGAGCCCGCAUCAAGGGUCACCUCCGUCGGCAUUCGUUGCGCCAUUCGGGCCAGAAGCCCCACCAAUGCCCCCACUGCGACUUCCAGUGCAGCACCAUAGAUAACCUACGUAAGCACAUCAUCAAGACGGGAAAGCAUCCUGGAAUGUUCAUUUACCAGUGCGUUAAGUGCUCCGAUGAGGCAGCCAGCGAAAUAUUCAAGAGCAACAGCUACAAAGAGUACCAGUACCACUUGGAGACCCACAAAGCUGGUUGAGAAAAUAUUUCAGGGAACACUUUACCGAAAUAUUAUUUUUUUAUAAAUUUAAAAAAGAAUACAUUCAUUCUAUCAACGUUCUGAUCAACUAAUCAGCUUAGAAACCUAGUUUUAAGUUUACAACCUAGUAUCUGUGCACGGUAUCCUUUCCUUAACCUAAAAUAUUAAUUGAUGUUGAUACUGAAAUAUUCGUUUGAAAAAUAAAAAACAAUAGAUUAAUAUAUUCAUGUUGAAAAAAAUCACAGAAAUCUUGUGAUUAUGAUACAUUUCAUUGUGUCAUAACUCCCAGAAGAAAAGUGACAUGGCCCUUUGGCGUUAUGAUAAGACGCUUACUUCAACCUAAACCUAACGAAUCUCAUUUACCCUGCUAUCACAGACAUUGGAAUAUAUAUAGAUAGAUUAUUGCCCUUUGUUUUAAUCUACGAGUAAUUCAUAUUAUAAUGGCAUCAUUUAAUUCAAUAGCAAUAAAACCGUGUUCGAACAAAUAUUGAU